UGGUUAUUUAUUUGUUUAUUCUUUUUCAAUUGUAGUUUUACUAUGGCAAACAACAAUCAAAACAUCGUCAUGGGUUCUGAGCUUAUGGUCAACCUGAACCUAACAAAUAUUCUUGAAUGGGAAGCUAAGCUAGUUGAAGUAGUCAAACUCAAUGGACUUCAGUAUGUACUGUUACAUCCCAUGCAAAGCUACUAUACCAGAGACAUGACCCCUGAAAGAUUUGCUGUCUGGGAUGCGGAUCUCAAAAAGGUUAUGAGUCUCAUGCUGAACAAUAUCCCUGAUGAAUGAGCUAGAAGGUUUGUAGCUUACGAACCUUUUACUCUCAUCAAGAAUCUGAGGGAUAUCUGUCGUGGAAACACGGAGGACAGGGACCUCAAUGUCCAUGAGUUGAUUGAAUCAAUGACUGGUAUAAAGGUUAUUUCUCAUAACAUGUGUUUUAGGAUGGAGGUCCAAGAAACACAUGUUCAGCUCCUUCGCAAUAAACAAAGGGUAGGCGUCCCACUAAGGUUCCAUGUGGAGCUUAUGCUUUCAUAUUUUGAUCGCCUAAGUCUGCUAGGAACACCAAUAAGCGAAAGGAUGACAAUCUCUAUCAUGCUCAAUUCACUGCACAGUGGGUUUGGUCGCUUCAAGCAACUAUACCUAAGUGAACCAAGAGAAGAAACAGUUGCAGAGUUUGUUCACCUUGUCAAAAAGGCUGAGAUAGUACUCGACUGUGAAGCCAAAGAUUUACUCAAGGCUAAAGGGAGACCUUUCAAGAAAGGUGGAAAGUCCAAGGGAAAUGCUGAGUUAAGAAAGAAGACAAAGCAGGACAAGUCCACAUCAAGCUGUCUUUAUUGUGAUGGAAUAGGCCAUUACAAGAAAGAAUGUCCAAAGCUUAAGGAAGAUCAGAAGAACGGAACAGUCGUUCCAUCUUCAGGGACUAAGAAGAAGUAGAAGGUUAAGCAAGGGUGAAGUCGACCUACGAGUGGGAAAUAGAGCAAGGAUUGCUGCAUUAGCUGUAGGAACUUAUUAUUUGUCGUUGCCCUCUGAGCUAGUUUUGGAACUGGAAGAUUGUUUCUAUGUUCCAAGUCUUACUAAAAACAUCAUUUCUGUUUCUUGCUUAGA